AUGCGCCUUCACACAACAACACUUCUAUUCCUUGUCUUUACUAUCACUUUAUCAGCAAUAGUGGGCAUGGAUGUCGGAACACAAUUCUCUAAGACAUCCUUCAUAGGUCCCAAGAAAAUCGAUAUAGUUGAAAAUGAGGAAUCAAAAAGAAAAGACCCAAGUCUUCUUGGUCUUGACCAAAAAAAUCGAAGAGUCUUUGGGUCACGAGCUCAGAAGUUAGCGUUAAGCUCACCAAAAAGAGUAUUUAUGUAUUCCUCUAAACUUCUUGGAAAGAGUUACAACAAUCCAUUCGUCGAAUACCUCCAAACCUUUUUGCCGUGCCCAAUUGUCCCCCAGAACGCGACACGACCAAAUAGCCCACCAAUGUACCAACUUGGGAACAUCACACUUUCACCGGAGCAAGUCACUGCAAUGCUCAUUAAAAGGCAAUUAAAGAACGUAAAACGACAAUACCAAACGACUGUUGCAGAUGGUGUCUUGACAAUAUCACCAUCAACAACUCCUAUUGAAAGAAAGGCUUUGGUACACUCAGCUCAAUUGGCCGGACUUGAACCGUUGGCGUUGGUCAACUCUCCAAUGGCAUUUGCAGUGUCCCUUGGAGUCAACAGAGACUUGUUUGAAAAGCCCACAAACGUCCUCUUUUUGGAUGUCGGAGCGACGUCUGUCGAUAUCGGACUGUUCAAUUUCAGCUCGAGCGGAAAUACAAGCGGAACCAUUCAAGCACUUGGGUACUACACUUCACCCUAUUUUGGAGGACACAAUUUUGAUAAAGUCAUUGCAGACAUUAUUUUCAAAAGAAUCCAAACGAAAGUGAAGGACACGGACGAGAAGGGUGCACUCUUUAGACAAAUCAUUCAACAAUCUGAGCGAGCAAAAAUUGUGUUGAGUGUUAAUAAGGAGACCACUGUGACUAUCAAUCUUCCGGGUGGAGAAGAUUGGUCGACCAAAAUCACAUUAGACGAGUUCGUCGAAGCCGCUGAGCCAAUAAGAAAAGUGUUGGACGACAUUUUGGAGAACGCGAUCAGUGCGGUUGGGACAAAAAAGGAUCAAAUUCAGAUGGUCCAAUUGCUUGGUGGAGGAAUUCGAGUUCCGAUGGUACUGAACACUAUUACCGAAUUUUUUGGAGAUGAAAAGAUCAACAGAAAUGUCGACGCCGAAGAAGGCGGAGCUUUUGGUGCGUCGUACUAUGCACUUGCACAAGGACUUGGGAGAAUGAAAAAACAGUAUAAGAUUAAGGACUUUGUGCCUUAUGACUGGUACUUGGAGUCACCAUUUUUGGAGAAAGAAAUUCGACUGUUUAGUCAUAAGAGAUCGGCCGACUCAGAGAGGUCUGUCAUGUUUAAGAGUGUCAAGAAUGUUACUGAACUCAACUUCACUUUGUCAUAUAAAAUGAUCGACAAUGACAACGCUAAUAGGACGGCAUAUAUGGUUGGAAUUGGGAGAGAUAUCCCAAUAAAUGAAACCCUAAAUACUAAUGGAGUCAAUGUCUCCGUUACUUUCAAGUUGAAUAAUUUUGGUCUUGUGGACAUCUUGAGAGGAGAAGUGAAGCUCUCGGCGUGGAGAAAUUGCACAGAGAAAGUCUAUAAAAUGGUGAAUAAGACUGUUGAAGUCAAGGACAAUGAAACGUUGAGUGUGAAUGGAACUAACUCGACCAUAAAUAGCACCGAACAAACCAACGAGACGUUUGACUUCACUGAACAAUUUAAAAAGGGAUUGGAAGAGGAAGAAGAGAAGGAUGAAGAUAUUACAAUAGAAGAAGAGGAGACAAAGGAAGAAGAAAAGAAGACUGAAGAGAAAGUAGAUAAUAACACAAAUAAAGAGAAUGUGACCGAAUUGAAUGAAACAGAUGGUAAUACAACUCUUAUUAAUAAAACAAAAGAGAAGAAAUAUAAGACAGUACUCACACCGGAGUGGGAAGACAAAAAAUAUGAGUGUGUCAAGAAUGAAACAAAUAAGGUGAACUUCCAUUUGUUGUUCCACCCACUUGUCUCAUUCAUGAUGAGAAAUGAAGACGUCUCUAAGAAGGUCAUUAAGUGGUUUGAAGACAACGACGAUAUCUUCAAAAAGCUUGGCGAGUUGGUUAAUGCCUUUGAGUCAAAGAUUUAUAAACUGAGACAAGAGAUCAACGACAGAGACCAACUUGAUAAUAAAGAGGAGUUACUUAAAGAAUUAAAUGACCAACAAGAGUUCUUGGAAUUCAAUGAUAUUGAUGAUAUUCAACCAGAUGAUAUGAAACUCCGAAUCGAACUCCUGCAGAAUAUCACUGAAAUAUUACACCCAGAACUCAGAAAGGUCGUUGAGACUAAUUCAACAAAUUCUAAUGAAACAAACUCGACAGAAGACAGUGAAGAUUUGAGCGAGGAAAGUGAAGAAAUCGUGGAAGUCAAACCAGAGGAGGAAGAAAAAGAACAGGAACAACAAAAGACCGAGUUGUGA